ACCAUGGCUGCCAUGUCGAGAGGAAAAGACAAGAAGGCCUCCAAGGUCACUAAGCCGAAGAAGGGCGGCACCGCGUCGUCGCGCAGGCACCAUUUCGAAUCUUUCUCGCAGCGCAUCGCAAAACUCAAUAUCGACCCAGUCCGCAGGACUCGCCGCGCGCCAGACGAAUCGGAUCUCUCUGCCAGCACCUCUUACCUCAAGACUUCUUUCGAAGAAUGGCUGGACCUCAACCUCUCCGAGAACUUCAGGCAGUUCUCCCGCCAGCUGGAGCCGCUCAUCGAAAGCCUGCCGCAAAUCCUCCACUACGAUGAUCGCAUCAUGGACCUGCUUAUCACAUACAUUGAGAAGGGGGAUGCUCUGUCUUUGGAACCGCUGCUGAAUCUUACCUCGCGUUUUGCUCACGAUUUGGGCGCGAGGUUUGAGAAGCACUUUGCGCGCACUGUGAAGACCAUCUGCCAGGUAGCCGCGAAACACCCGGACAUCGAGGUGAUAGAAUGGAGCUUUACCUGCCUGGCAUGGCUGUUCAAGUACCUUUCCCGCCUUUUGGUCCCCGAUCUCCGACCUCUCUACGAUCUCGUGGCGCCAAUGUUAGGCAAGGAACACCAAAAACAUUUUAUCACUAGGUUCGCGGCCGAAGCCAUGAGCUUCCUGUUGAGGAAAGCCGGCGCAUCAUAUUACAGGGACAAGGAACCGCUAGUGACGAUAAUGGCGCAUGCGCUAAAGGAUCUUGAAGAAACGGCGGAACGGGGAGAUGCAGAGCAGUAUGAGCUAGGCCUCAUGUCCCUCUUUAUCGAGUCUAUCAAGGGACUGCAGAGAGGAUUGCAUUCGAGCGGCCAGGCUGUAUUCAAAGUGCUACUGGCCCAAGCUCUUGUUUCUGGAGAGACGGACUCCUUGGUACCCCAUGAAAGGCCAGCGAUGAACGUUGUUCAGGGUGUCCUUACUGCCAUCAUCCACCAUACGGACUCGGAAAAUUUCAAACCAAUUUUGGAUGUAGUGCUGGAACAAGUUGAUGGACCGGGAGCUCAAAUGGACAAGAAGAAGCUGGAAGAUGCUGCGCGUCUCUUGUUCACUGUAUCAGGUGUCAGGAAAGGGACUCGGGUCGAGGACUGGAGCUCCGUAAUGCGGGGUAUAGCUCAAGUCAUAUACUCGGCCGAGUCCAACAAAGUUACAUCCGAUGUCAGGUCGGCGUCAGAUGUCCUUGCUACGCUCGCGGUUAUCUUACAAAGCUGUCCAAUGGAUGUCGCAAUUCCUCACUUGAAGAUUGUGGAUACCAUAUCCAGUGGUCCAUGGCAGGAGGCGUUCUUGCCCUUCUGUAAUUUCUUCGCUGAAAUUGGACAACAGAGGUUUCAAAGUUUGAUUAUGCCGCAGUUUCGGAAGUUUAUCGUAACUCGAUGGAACCAAGAUUCGGAAAAACUCGCUAUUCUACUUCCACGUCUUGCUGGUCAAGGCUGUUUCUCAAGUUCUCCAUUAUUGUGCCCGCAAAAGUGGCAAGAGGAUAUCUUAGAAUCGUUCCGCGGCCUUUCCAAAGAUUCACCUGAAGGAUCCCAAGAUCAAGCUGCCAAAUGCAACGCCUUCUUGGAUAUUGUUCGAAUUUCAACGGUUGACCCGAAGACAGAGUCCGGCAUAUAUGCUGAGCUCUAUAAACUCCUUAAUGGGUCAAUUAAAGAAACUGCAGCACAAGAGAUCCUUCCCUGGCAGCAGUUUGCUGUGGGCUCGGGCUUCAGGUAUGUCGCUAGCCACGACGGAGAAGCAAAAAACGCAGACAAAUCACUGUGGAUACCCCUUUGUCGUUCUUCCAGUACAUAUAUGCGUUAUCCAGUCUUCUGGGACGCAUUAUGCAGAUAUGCGAGGGCCCACCCAAGUUCGAUAGAUGUCAACGGGGAUCAUAUCGAGGUCCUCGCCGACGCGCUUAUUGAGUGUCUUGGCUCCCCUUCUCACGAGUUGCGAACUUCGGCUCUGGACAUCUUGAAGCUCGUUUACGACCUCAAACACAAUGGCGAGGAGUCAGAUGUUCUUAACACUGCUGUUCUGAUUGAGAGUAUUCCACUCAACAUUCAGACAGCACGCAAUGUUUCCAUGCACAUUCGGCGCCUUGCAUCAAGCUACAAGUCUGUAGCAAACGACACUUGGCUAUCGAGGGCAAUUCCCACUUACUGUUUCGGCCUUCUUUACGUCAACUUCACGCAAGUAUGGGGAGACUCUUGCAACGCACUGAAGGAGAUCUGCGAAACGAAGGAAGGCGAGCAGGCAGUUUCGCAACUCGCCUUCGCGUGGCUUGAUGGCGUACCACAAACUGUGGUUUCCUCGGAUGACUCCAUGGAAUCCAGCAAUGAACCUUCCGCAGGCGUUGCGGUCAAUGAGUUUGAAUGCAGCAAUCUUUCCCAGCUUACUGCAGAAGUUGAGAGGACAUCGAAGACACUUGAAGAUGCUGCUCAACAAAUCCAGCACAGGUUCAAGGAAGAGCAUAAGCAGAUUAGUUUCAUUACUAGCGCAAGCCGCUCACAGGCUUUGCGCGUGCUGAGUGUUAUUCCCCAGGUCGCAGAGAAGAGGUCCAGAUCUCUCGUCCCUACCCUUCUGAGGUGGGCCGUCGGAGAUGAAGCUUCCAACGUCGAGGCGCCAGUGCCGGAAGACGACUCGGAAGAUGCCUCAGCAUCUGCCGAGGGCGCUAGCUGGUCAAGGAAGGAUCAAAAAGCCAUGCUUUCAUUAUUCUCCCAGUUCACCAACCCGAAGGUGCUCUUCAGAUCGGCUGACGUUUAUUCUGCGCUGUUGGCACUCCUUGCCAAUGGUGAUGUGGAAAUCCAAAAGUCUGCCCUCAAGGCUGUUCUCACCUGGAAGAACCGCAGUAUUAACCGUUAUGAAGAGAAUCUGAUGAAUCUCCUUGACGACGCAAGAUUCCGAGAGCAGGUUUCGGUGUUCCUAGACAUCGGGCAAGAUGACGAGUCGAUGCAAGUCGACGAUCGUACUGACGUGAUGCCUGUGGUCCUGCGAAUGCUCUAUGGUAAGGUCAUCGCUCGCGCUGGAUCUGCCAGCGGACGACGUGGCCAAGAGUCCCGGAGAAAGGCGGUGUUCAUCGCUCUUACGAAGUUUGGCGACGAUGAAAUUCGACAAUUCAUUGACAUUGCUCUGGGCCCGUUAGCUGGACUUUCGCUCGUAAAAGACGGCAAUCUGCAAGAGAAAUAUUUGUCAAAGAACCUACUGGACCCCCGGAAACAGUUUGGUCUUCUCAAUAUGUUGGAAGAUAUGCUGGAUAUCCUCGGAACACAGCUAUCUCCCUUCGCCGGCCAACUCAUCGACCCUGUCCUCUACUGCUUGAUCACCGCUUCGCGUACCGUCUCCGCAACCUCCAAGGGGGAGGAGAAGACGUCAAGCGGAGUUCAGCUGUCCAUACUCAAUUCAAUCAGACAAGUUGGCUUCCAUUGCCUGAACCUUCUUUUCAACAACUGUCCUGAGUUUGAAUGGAGCGGUUACGUUCCCUCGAUUCUCGAAGAGUUGGUCAAUCCUAAGCUGGAGAAGCUUCCGGUGGAGACAGCGCAAUCUGUUUCUGGUAUCCUCAAGCUCGUAUCUGCCUGGAGCAAAUUUCCCCAGACAGUAUCGUUCCUCGUCCAGUUCAACAACUCUCUUCUGGACAAGGUCGCCGAGUGUCUUGAGAUUACCUUUGCCAAGGAAGAGGUCAAGCUCUUCAUUUUGCGGAGUAUCCUCCAAAAUGUAAUUACGAUUGCUGAAGCGGACCCAAUGGACGUCGACCAACCUACAACUGCAAGCCCGACCUGGGUGCAGAGCAAUGUCCUUGGUCCCAAAGCGGGAGCAUUUUUGACUCGUAUUGGCGCCGAACUCCAACGGAGUCCCAGCAAAGAUCUCCUUGAGGCGGGUGUGCAGACCGUCUCACGCCUUGCUCCUUUCGUUGUGGGUUCUGCCGAAGCGGACUCUAUGAUCAACAUCUCGAUCUUCUUGUUACAGCAGCCUACAAGGCGGGUCAGUCCAAGGACGAAGGGUGAUCUUCUCAAUAUCUUGCACAACUUUGUCCCACGUCACAAGCUUGGUCCUGAUGAUGAGCUUACCCAGCAGGUCUUCCAGGUCACUAGCUCAUUGUUUGGCUAUUUCCAAGACCGGAGAAGCCGUGAGCUGACUUGCAAUGUCCUGGAAGACCUUGCGAACAUUGAUCCGGAACUUACUGAAGUUGCUUCCAUAUCCCACGAUCUCAAUGCCUUCUCGAAAACCGCGCUUGAUGAGCCUGACUUUGAUCUUCGUUCCAAGGCGUUCCACCUUAUCAACGAGGACAAGUAUCAAUCUUUCAGCAUCAAACAGUGGCUUCCGCUCGUUUACAACAUGUUGUUCUAUAUCAAGGAGAAGGAGGAGCUGGUACUUCGAAUCAACUCUUCUUUUACGCUUAGGCGCUUCGUCGAAAUGGCUGCGAAGGAAGGUAACGCGGAUGUGGAGAGCUUCCAAAAGCUCAUUACCACGGCCAUAAUUCCGGGCAUCCACAACGGUGUUCGAGAAAACUCUGAGUUGGUUCGGACGGAGUACCUAUCUGUUUUGGCUCGGAUAGUGCGUCACUUCCCUGAUUGGUCCGUUGUCAGUGAUAUGCACGUACUCCUCGUAGACGAUGACGAGGAAGCCUCUUUCUUCGGCAACGUUCUGCACAUCCAGCAGCACCGCCGUAUGCGUGCUCUGCGAAGGCUGGCGGGCGAGGCCAGCAAGCUUGCCAGUGGCAACAUUGCCCACAUCUUCAUACCUCUGUUGGAGCACUUCAUUUUCGACAGAGAAGAGGAUGAUAGCGGUGCAGCCAAUCUUGCUGGUGAGACGACUCGUGCGAUAGGUGCCCUGGCUCAAUCAUUGGAAUGGCCUCAGUACCGCGCUCUGGUCCGAAGGUACAGCAAGGGUGAUAUGGACAAAACCACCAUAAGGCUUUUGGGUGUCGUAAUUGACAGCCUCGACAAGGCCGCACAAGUUAAGGGCAUCGUUUCUGCGCCGCGCUCGGAAGGCACCACCCAAACGGAAGACGAGGAGAUGGCCGAUGCAGACGGGGCCCAAACUGCCCCUACGAAUGAGGCUCCCAAGCUCGCGAAGACCCUGCCUAGCCAAGACAAGCUCUCUGCAGACUUCACGAACAAUCUUCUCCCGCCACUCAUGGCCUACAUACACCACAAGGAUGACUCGACUGUCAGCUUGCGUGUUCCUGUGGCUGUCAUCAUAGUUAAGCUUCUCCGUCUGUUACCCGCCGACCAGUUUGCCGAACGCCUACCUCCCGUGCUUUUGGACGUCUCUGCGAUUUUGCGUAGUAGAGACCAAACGGCACGAGACAUGACAAGGAAGACUUUGGCAGACAUUUCAGCCCUCAUCGGUCCAGAGUACUUUGGCUUUAUGCUGAAGGCUUUGCGCACGGCUCUGCAGCGUGGUUACCAACUUCACGUGCUUUCCUUCACUGUCCACUCCAUUCUUGUUUCUAUGACUCCUACGUUCCAGCCAGGUGAACUCGACUACUGCCUUAACGAAGUCGUCUCUGUGGCUAUGGACGAUAUCUUUGGAGUCACGGGCCAAGAAAAGGACGCUGAAGAGUACAUCAGCAAGAUGAAGGAAGUGAAGAGCAGCAAGAGCUUUGAUUCCAUGGAACUGAUUGCCAAGUCCACCACGGUCACGCAUUUUGUGGACCUCAUCAAUCCCGUUCAGGCUUUGUUGCUCGAGAGGUUAGAUAUCAAGAUGGUGAAGAAGAUCGACGAAUUACUGCGUCGCAUCGGACUUGGUGUACUUCACAACGAAGCCAUCGAGAACGGGAACCGUGACGUGCUGGUCUUCUGUUACCAGCUUAUCCAAGCGGUCUACAAGGCCAACACGUCUGAUCGUCCGAAGGAGGAGGAAGAUCCCCGUACGAAGCGCUACCUCAUUAACAUGAAGGCUGCGAACAAGAUGUCGAAUCGUGGAGCUACCACGUCACACAUUCACAAGCUUAUUCGCUUUUCCCUUGACGUUUUGCGGACAGUGUUGCAGAAGCACGACGAGUUAAGAACGCCGAAAAACAUUGCGGGCUUCAUGCCUAUCAUUGGUGAUGCUGUCGUCUCGGGCCAGGAGGAGAUCCAGAUGUCUGCCAUCCGCUUGCUGAGCUCAAUCAUCAAGGUUCCUCUUGAGCAGCUCGACAAGGAUGCUCCAGUUUACGCCGCCGAAGCUGUUCGGAUCCUCCGAAACGAGCGUGAUACCAAUACCGAGCUCGCUCAGGCAUGCUUGAAGCUGGUGUCAGCUGUCCUUCGGGAACGCAGGAACGCCAACGUGAAGGAGAAAGAUGUUGCAUACCUUCUGAAGCGCGUCAAGGAUGAUUUGGAGCAGCCUGACCGGCAAGGUGUAACCUUCAAUUUCCUCAAGGCGGUCCUUAGUCGUAAGAUCGUCAUCACAGAGGUCUACGAUAUCAUGGACACGGUCGCUGCGGUCAUGGUAACCAACCAGACCCGUACAGCUCGUGACCUGUCGCGAAACGUCUAUUUCCAGUUCAUCAUGGAGUACCCGCAAAGCAAGGACAGAUUGUCAAAGCAAAUCGCCUUCCUUGUCAAGAACUUGGACUACAAGUACAAGGAGGGUAGGCAGUCGGUCAUGGAAGCGCUGCAUCUUCUAUUGAACAAGGUCGGCGAUGAGCUUGUACAGGAUAUUGCCGACAAUGUUUUCGCGCCCUUGGUCCUGCGCUUGGUGAACGAUGACGACAAGGACUGCAGAGAAAUGGCUGGCGCUUUGCUCAAGAAGGUGUUUGAGCGCGCCGAUGCCGAGCGCACGAAGAAGUUUGUCUCCAUCAUGAAGACAUGGUUCGAACAGGAGGAACAAACGCUGAAGAGGCGUCUGGCUAUUCAAUGUUGGACUCUCUACUUCGAGCAGACCGAAGGCAAGACCAAGGAUGUCAACUACGUCCUGAGGCAGCUGCCAGCUAUCAUGGAAGAGGCACGCGAGCGGCAAGAAGAGGGCGACUGGGAGUUGCUUUACUACUCUCUCCAAGCCUUUGCAAAGCUGUGCAAGUUGACGCCCGAUAAGACGUUCGCUGCUGGCGCACAGCCUGUUUGGACAAUCAUCCGGGAAAGCUUGACCUUCCCACAUGGCUGGGUCAAACUUUCCGCUGCCAGACUCAUCGGAUUGUAUUUCAGCGACUUUGCAAGCCACAACGCAUCGGAAGGCUACGCGAAGCUGCCACUGGUCGGCUCCGGCGGCCUUGGUCUCACCGGCGAGGACAUGCUCGACCUGACCAGCGCCAGUCUGAGGAUCUUGAGGGUACCAGGCGUGAGCGAGGAGCUGGCGACGCAGGCCGUGCGCAACCUCGUCUUUCUCGGCCGCUGCUUUGCCGCCAACGAGCUGCGCUGGAAGGCGCCCAACGCAGUGGACGAAAGCGCACUGAAAGAGGCAGAGGAAGAAGAAGAAGAAGAAGAAGAAGAAGACGAGGAAGCCGUUGACGGCGCGGACGCAAACAACACAGCAGCCAGCGGCAAGACGGCACUGCAAUACCUUUUCGAGCGACUAUCAGCGAUCCUGCGCCGGGAGCCGGCAACGACGCGCGCGCCGUCGCUGUACCCGAAGACGGCGUCGAUGACGCUCAUCGCGGCGCUCAGCAACGCACUGCCCCUCGAAGCACUCCGGCCCACUCUGCCGACCAUCCUCCUGCCGCUGCACAACCUCACGGACGCGACGAUCACGACGGCAGCGUCGCUGGACGAGGCGUUCAACGAGGCGCACAAGGGCCUCGUCGGCACGGCGCACGAGGUCAUGGCGCUGCUGCAGAAGAAGCUGGGCACGAGCGAGUACGUGGCCGUGCUGCAGAAGGUGCGCGAGGGCGUCAAGGAGCGCCGCGAGAGCCGCAGGGUCAAGCGCAGGCUGGAGGCUGUUCGGGAGCCCGAGAGGGCGGAGCGCGUUAAGAGGAGGAAGCACGAGAAUACGAAGGCACGGCGGAAGGAGAAGGGCCAUGAGGCGAGGGGACAGCGAAGGGGGUGGUGAUUUGGUUGGUUGGUUGGUUGGUUGCUGUAGAUUGCAAGAGCGCGGCGUUUAGUUUUUCGGGAGGCGGGUAAAAAAGCAGACGUUUCGAGUAUGGGGUUUUUUGUUUGUGGUUGAAUGCUAGCUAGGAUCUGUUUGUUGUUGCUGUCACUGUCACUGUCACUGUCAUUGUC